AUGAGUUUUCAGUUUUGUCCAAUAUAUCUAAAUGUAUGUUUAUAUAUACAUGUAUACAUAUUAAACAAUAAACUUACCUUAGCUACAACAUUUUUACAGUGUGCUUUACGUAACAAUAACCAUGUCGGUAGAUCCAACAAUUCCAUUAAAGCAUUCUCCUCCAAUUCUAAGCUUUCCAAUUCUAAAGUACCUUUUAAUAAACUCAUAUGA